GCCGAGAGAAGAAUAAUUUACUCAUCGCGCAGGAUAAUUAAUAAUUAUCUAAAUUCACCAUGAUUCACCAUUGGUUAAAAAUGCGUAAGCAAAAAAUCAUGAAAACCAGGUUUGGAUAUUUCCAAGACAAUAGUGGGACAGCAAGAGAAAUUGAUUGGGUAUUCGUCCUAGUGAUCCAUUACGACUUCUCAUCAAGAGAAGGAUUUGAAUUAAAGAAAAGAAUUGGAGAUGCGGAAGAUGUUGAAAGGCUGCGAAGCACAUUUAAAGAAAAGAGAAACUGCUCGUUUCACGAAAUUUUAUCUCCAACAAAAGAUGAAUUAUUUGAGCUCAUUUCAAACGAGGAAAAGCUCCUGCAGCUUUUCAGAGGCAGCAGCUUAAACUGUGUGCCAGAGAUAUUCAUUCUUUUUAUUUUGUCGCACGGAGGUACCGAUGGAAUCAUAUACACAGACCAUUUUCAACCAGAGUCUAAGGAAAUGGUUUAUUUUUACCGACACGAUGUUUUCCAGAAACUUGCUUCUCUGAAAAAGUUCAAAACCUGCCUCAAAUUCAUCAACUUUGGGCCCUGUCGCGGACUUGAAUAUGAUCCAAUCUUGUCGCCAUCAGAAAACAAGCUCAAGACAAACUCUAAAGUAUCCAAAUUAUACUUCGUGCCAAACAUUUAUGAAAAUCUGGUUGUUGCUUACUCCACUCUAGAAACAAAGAUCGCAAAACGGGAGGAUGCCGCUAACUCGGUAACAAAAAUGGGAACUUAUUACGUCCAAUCAUUUUGCGACGUGCUUGAUGAGCUUCAACAUGACACAAAUUUCGCGGACGUUUUGACCAUGGUGCAGCACGAAGUGCACAGAACGACAACAACUAACCCAUUCAAUAAAAGUGGUCAAACUCCAGAAUUCACCUUAUUCCCACACAAGAAGAUCAUCAUUCGUUGCGUUGAAAAAGCGAUUUCUCAACCAGGCAUGUCUUGCGGUCAUGAUGGAAAAGCCGAUACUUCGCGUUUGAAAAAUACUCCAAUUCAACGUGAUGCAAGGGAGCAUUUUUUCAAAUGGCAGUCAGACACAGGAGAAACUUUGCGAAGUCGAAGAGCAGCAAUUUUUCGAGAUCCAGAAGUUUCGAAAUACCAAGCAAUGAAGAUGGACAAGGCACUGACGAGAAACCUUCUUUUUGAAACUUCCUUACACAAUAUCACAACGCGAGAGCUGAACAAUUAUUUUACUAAUUCUAAAUUGCUCGAUUAUGAGAAUGUGGGCUGCUGUUUGGCCGCGUUUUUUACUAAGACCCAAGUUGACGAAAAAAGUGGCGAAAUCAGCAUCACUACAACAGACGACGUGACUGUUCCGGCUGGAGACAUCAUUAGCACCUGCGUUGGGCCCGAAAACAAGAACAUGACUGGCAAGCCAUACCUCUUUUUCUUCAUCAACCAAGUUUCCCCAGCCGCUGAUAACAUGAUGCCUCAUGAGCCACAAUUGCCGAAUUUGAAUUACGCGAUUCGAGCUACCCAAUACAGCGGCUAUUUAGCUUUUUUCGCACUGAGCGAAGAUAUAUUUGAACGACUGCUGGAAAUUUUGGAUGGAAAACUUGUGAAAAACGGUAAAAGCAUCCAAGAACUACUGUCCGAGCUCCUUCAUCUAAAUCCAGAGGAUGUCUCCAACUUCAGUGCAAGUAAUAACAGGCUGAUGCUUAUUGCGUCAACAUUGCAGUACUCACUCGAUUUCCCAGACUUACCCAGUCGUUUCGUUCAACCAACGUUAAAAAUUUCCAAUCAAAAUUACAAAUUUGAAACAUUUUUGCGGCUAGUUGAAUCCUUAGAAAAUAUGAUGUUGGUUGUUUCAUCGGACGCUGGUAUGGGGAAAACAACAAUGGUGCUCGAACUUUCGAAUAUCUUGAGAAAGAAAAUGAAAAGAAAAAUUGUUCUUUUGCAACUAGUUCGGUUUUACGAAUUUUUCCCCAACGGCGAUGAUGAGUGCGACUGCACGCUGUACUCGCUCCUUGCAAAGGCAUUAAGCGUCACCGAGGAGAGAAUCAUAGACCUGAACAAUAGUGAAGGAUUCUUUGUCUUUUUAGAUGGGUUUGACGAAAUAGCGACCCAUUUUAAAGGUUUGACAUCAAACAUUUUACGAGAGCUGGUUAAGAGAAAAAUCCCAUUUCUUAUCACGACAAGACCAGAAGAAGAAAAUGCGCUUAAAAGUAUUUUGAAAGAAGCCAAAAUUAUUGGGCUUGAAAAUUUUGAUCGAAAUCAACAGCUAGAGCUUAUGAAAAUAGUCACGCAAGAGAGAGAGGAGGAGUGUGAAAAUAAAUUAAAAAGCUUUCGGGCCACUGCGAUGGGAGAUGUCUUGGGAAAUCCCUUGCAUCUCACUAUUGUCAGUCAGGGCAAAAAUGCUAAAAAUAUGUGGGAAGUUUAUGAUGAAUUUUUGCACACGAAAGUCGCUCAUGGAUUAGAAUUUAAAGAUAAUAUCCGAAUCGACAAUGCAAAAGGGCAAAUGCAAAUCAAGGACAGAAUUAAAUUCCUUCAAAAAGUAACGUAUGAUCAAGUGAAGAACGAUCUAAAAACAAAAGAAUUCAGCGAGGAUGAAUGCUGUAAAAUAAAUAACACGGGAGUUGCAUGGAUAAGUGGAAGUCAAAUUAUCUACACGCACAAAACUGUAUCAGACUUUCUUGUGUGCCGAAAAUUCGUUUUCGAGGUUCAGAACAAGAAAGCUGAAAAGGAUGCAACAAUCAUGAGUCACGACAGAUUGUCAGGAAGCAGAAGCUUCCUCGAUCUUUACCUAUCCCAAGACGAGAAAAAUUUCCGAUUAACUUUAAUGGAAAUCGUAAAGCAACACGUACCACCAAGGUCGGUUUUGUUUAUACUAAGCGAAGGCCACAAAAAUAUGUUCAACGCUUUUCAGGGGCUAAUUAGAGAAGCAGUUAACUCACAAAUAUCUGAUAUAGAUCUCUUGAAUAAAACUUUGAAUGCGACAAUUUCAAAUAAUAUUCAAAACGCAGAGUUUGCUAAAUUUUUACUGGAUUUUGAGUUUCCAAUAAAAGAUGAGGUGCAAAAACAUGAACAAACUGCAAUGGAUUUGGUAAUGACAAGAUUCAAGAAUGGUGAGGAUGCACUCUUUCUUGCCCAAAAGUUGUACGAUAAGAAUCAAUCGCUCGUCAAAACCGAGCCUAACGACGAAACAACAUUUCAGCAAGCAGCUGAAAAAAAGGAUUCAAAAAUGUGUGGUUGGUUGCUCGAAAUUAAAAAUGAUGAAGUUGAUUUCAUCAAAAUGGGCAAGCAUCCAUUUGACUAUGUUGCUCAAAACGCGCAAUUCGGACUCGAAGUUGGGAAAUACCUUAUAUCGAUAGGUGUUAAGCCUGAAGUCCAAAGUUUAAAAAAAGCCGUGCGGUUGAAUAAUUUCAAACUGGCAGAGCUUCUGUUCUUUAAUUUGGCAGACGAAAAUAAAAGGCUCGGGGGAAACAAUAUUCUUCACUUUGCCAUCCGUAUAGACAGCAUUGAAUUUGUCAUACACGUGAGCCAAAAAUAUGGAAAAGAAUUGGUCUCGCAACUAACAGAUCAUGGAGUGACUGCCCUGCAAUUGGCAGCGAGCUACUCUGGUUUGAGCAUGUGCAAGUUGAUUGAAAAGUUUGAUAUUGAAUUUCACGCCAGCGAAGACAAUGGGCAUGUUUUUUGUCAUGACCGGUGUCUUCCUGGUUUAAUUAGAAAUCAAGCAUUUCUAGCUGGUGCACCCUCUCAGAUAUCAAACGGUAUCGCAUACUUUCUAAGUAAUUUUAAGAAAAUACCCGGUACUCUGUGCCCAUCAAUGUUCAGCGUUCUUUCGCCUUCGGGUGAAAAUGCUUUUCAUGCAGCUGCUCGAAAUGAGAACAGAAUUGACGAGCUUGUAGCACUUGCUCAGCAUUUUAAAACAAACAAAGUGGCAAUUGAUCUGAAAAAUAAAAUGGGUAACACCCCAUUUCAAAUUGCAAUCCUAAAUCAACGAACUGACCUGGCUCUGUACUUGAUGAAAAACGGGGCGGAUGUGAAAAACAGUUGCGGAAAAUUCAACGCAUUUCAAUUUUUUAUAAUAAAUGAUAAUCUGGACGGGGCCAAGGAGGUUUACAAAAGGCAUAGUGAACUUCUGGGCCAACUCACUGACAAGGGCGAAUCUUGUUUGCACCUAGCAGUGAUGCAUUCCUCCAUAAAAAUGUUCAAUUGGCUUCUGCAAAUCGGAGCCAAUUUGCAUGCUGUGACUAAAAAUGGAGAUAAUGUUUUGCACCUGGUCCAUCAUCAAGUUCAUGAGGUAUAUGUCUCUCUCUCCAAAGAUGGAAAAAAUUUUGAAAUGUUCAACAAAAUUAAAAGCUGGGUAAAAUUUUUAGUUUCUAAAGGGGCUGACAUCAGUCUAAAAAAUAAUCAGGGAAAAAUUCCACUUCAAAUUGCUCUUGAAGAUAAAAGUACGCUGUCGCUAGCAAAAGAAUUGAUGGAAUAUUCAGCUCCUCCCGAAAUGAAGUUGGACGGGCAUAACCUGUUGCACAUUUUCAUUAAAUAUGAAAAUUUGGAUGACAUUAAAUACAUUCAUCAUUUGCAUCGUGAAUUGAUAAAAGAAAGAUCAGACAAAGGAGACUAUGCACUGCAUCUGGCUGCAAGAUGCUGCAAAGAUCGUGAAACCUUUGAAUGGCUCGUUGAAAAUGGGGCAGAUGUCCACGCGCUUAAUUGGAAUGGGGACAAUGUCUUACAUGUCUUAGCUUCAAAAUAUGAACUAAAUUUUGAAAUUGUUCAGUAUUUCUUUGAUCUAGGUGUUAACAUCAAUUCAAAAAAUAUCCACAUGUUGACACCACUGCAGGUAGCUGCUGAGCACUUGAGUUUUGGGAGUAUUCGUGGAUUCGUUGAGCUCGGAGCUGAACUUUUUAGAAACGGUGCGAAAUACAACGUGUUGCACGUGCUAAUUAAAAAUUUUAAACUCGACCUAGCAGAGUUCAUCCACUCAAAAGACAAUAAAGUCGUGACGGAGCUCACCGGCGACGGGUAUACAGCCCUGCACUUAGCAGUUCAGUUUUCAAAACUUGAGAUGUGCAAGUGGCUGAUUGAGAUUAACGGUGUCGAUGUACAUGCUGUGACAGAACAGGGUGACAACAUUCUCCACAUCGCGGCACGUCGACAUGAUAAUGAAGGGAAACAAAUUUUAGAAUACAUACUCGCAACUUUUGAGGUGAACAUUAACCAGAAAAAUAAAUCAGACGAGACUCCACUUUUCAUUGCUUUGGUCCCCGCGGAUAACAUUUAUGCGGCUAAAAAAUUGAUUGAAUCAGGGGCUGAUUGUAGAGUUAAAUGCGGUGGAGUUUCGCUGUUGCAUGCGAGUCUGGAGAACAAUGGAGAGUAUGCCUUGGAUGCCAUUGAACUGUUAAAAGACAAGGGUGUACUCGAGGAACUCACAGAAGAGGGAGAAAAUAUAUUGCACCUCUCUGCCAGAUAUGCGAAUAUCAGUACUUGCAUCUACGUGCAAAAUUUUGUCGCGGACCUGCAUGCGACCACAAAUGACGGCAGCACCGUUUUGCACAUGGCUGCCUUGAACAAAGUAUAUGGACGGGAUAUCAUAGAACAUUUUAUGUCGCUGGGUUUGGACUUGGACUUGGAAAAAGUAAGCAAUGAUGGAAAAUUAGCAUUAGAUGUUGCUAAUUCAAUACAGAACUACAAUGCAAGUAGCAUUCUAUUAAAGUAUUACAAUAUGUUAUUUCAACGUGAAGAUGCUUAUUAAAAUUGUAAUUUUUUAUUAAGUUUUCAAUUUUUAUUUUCUCUAAUUAUAGUUUUUAAUGAAAUGUUAAAAUGGUAAUUUUUGGGAGGCGUACAUCAAUAGGUUUUUGUAUUGAUUUUAUUUGUGAACAUAAAAAUAAAUAUUUCAAUAUACAUAGUUCAAUAUCAUUAAUCUGAAUAUACAUAUUUAUUGUCAAUUGUUACUUCGUAAGGGGAAAUUUUUGUGAUCAAUAAAAUAUAAUUAUAAUUAAUCU